CGGUAUUUCUUGGUGUGUCUUUCCACGAUUAUUCGCUGCCGGGUAUUCAUAAUUAAUAGUCGCUUGGCGGUAAAUAGUGAAAAAACAACCCUGACCCCUGCACAGAGAUAUGAGCGGCAGCGGGCGGCCCAGGACCAGCUCGUUUGCUGAGCCGCCAGGUGUGCCAGGAACCGCCGCUGCGUCCACCGGAUCAGCCGCUGCCGUGGGGAGCAGCACAGGAAAGACCGGGGUCCCGCAGGCCUCCGGCAGCAGCUCGUCGGGAUGCUCGAACCUCAAGCUUGCUAGAGACAGCGGGAAGGUGACGACGGUCGUGGCCACACCAGGUCAGGGACCCGACCGCCCACAAGAAGUCUCUUACACUGACAUCAAGGUGAUUGGCAAUGGGUCAUUUGGUGUGGUGUACCAAGCUCGCCUCAUCGACAGCCAAGAGAUGGUGGCCAUUAAGAAGGUUCUGCAGGAUAAGAGGUUCAAGAAUCGGGAACUACAGAUCAUGAGGAAGCUGGAUCACUGCAAUAUCGUCAGACUACGUUACUUCUUCUACUCCAGUGGCGAGAAGAAAGAUGAAGUGUAUCUCAACCUGGUGCUGGAUUUUGUCCCUGAGACGGUGUACAGGGUUGCCAGGCAUUUUAACAAGGCCAAGAGCAUCAUUCCUAUCAUAUAUGUGAAGGUGUACAUGUACCAGUUGUUUCGCAGUCUGGCUUAUAUCCAUUCCCAGGGCGUGUGUCACAGAGACAUCAAGCCCCAGAACCUGCUUGUCGACCCAGAAACUGCCAUCCUCAAGCUGUGUGACUUUGGCAGCGCCAAGCAGCUGGUCCGCGGUGAACCCAACGUGUCGUAUAUAUGCUCACGGUAUUAUCGCGCCCCCGAGCUCAUUUUUGGUGCCACAGACUACACGGCAAACAUUGACAUCUGGUCAGCAGGCUGCGUACUGGCCGAGCUGCUGCUCGGACAACCCAUAUUCCCCGGUGACAGUGGGGUGGACCAACUAGUAGAGAUUAUCAAGGUGCUGGGAACCCCAACAAGGGAACAAAUUCGUGAGAUGAACCCAAACUACACAGAAUUUAAGUUCCCUCAGAUUAAAGCUCAUCCGUGGACCAAGGUGUUUAAACCUCGCACCCCUCCAGAAGCCAUUACUCUCUGCUCCCGGCUGCUGGAGUACACGCCGGCCUCUCGGUUCUCCCCGCUAGAGGCCUGUUCACAUGCCUUCUUCGACGAGCUGCGCCAGCCCAACACACGACUGCCCAGCGGCCGAGAACUGCCCAUGCUCUUCAACUUCAGCCCUACAGAGCUGUCAAUCCAACCCCAGCUGAACUCAACCCUCAUUCCUCCUCAUGCUCGCUCUCAUACAGCUGCUUCCGCCCACGAUGGUCCCGGUUCAGACUCAUCUCAACACAGUUCAGUACCAGGAUCUCUUAACAGCAUCUGAAGCAGCCUCUCACCUGCCUGCCUGCCUGCCUGCCAGCCUCACCCUUACCUCAGACACACACACACAGUCAUUUACUUAGGUCACUUUUGGGGACAUUAUAUAGACUUGCAUUUCCUGGCAACUUACCCUAACCCUAACCACUGACCCAAAAUCAGCUUUUUCCUAUUUGGGGACUCAGCUUUUGUCCCCAGUCGGUCAAGCCGUCCCCUGUUAACUGGUCUUUACUCUAAAAUGUGUCCCUGAAAGUAGGCUAAGUCAGCAGACACACACCCACACACACACUUACUCUACUGCUUUCCUCCAUGCUGCUUGCUCUCCUCUUAGAUGAUCUGUUUUUGUCCAGUAAAUGCAUUGAACAAACAAACAAUAGUUCUUUAGCUGCCAGGUUUAAAACUACAGCAGGAGAUUGUUACACGCGCCCGCACACACACUCACACACAAACACACACACACAGUUUCGCUGCUGCUCGGGUGGUAUGUGAAGGUUCAAUAGUGGGGGCUGGUCCUCUGUAAUAUUACCCUUUUUUAAUCAACAUUUCUUCCUUUUUCUUCUUUAUUUUUGUGUUUAUUUAUUUGACUAAUUGAAAGCAUCAUGUGAUCACAAAUUAUAUCUCUAGAGUUUUGUUAUUUUCCACUUCAGAUUAUUUUUUUAUAUUCUUCAGUGUUUUUGCAUCCCUGUUAAUAAGGGGUGUCCUGUACACUGCCUCACCAAGACCAGAGCUGGCCCCAAAUAUGUCAUCAGGGUAAAGGAAACUUUAUUCUACUCAGGACGGAAGAGUGGGUGCAGGGACUGAUAAAUUCCUAAAUCCUCCAGCCACAUUAUUUUGCCAAUUCAGCCUGAUUCCAAAAAAGUUGGGACGCUAUGUAAAGCACAAAUAAAACAGAAUGUAAUCAUUUGCUAAUCCUAUUUGACAUACACUCAAUUGUAAAUAUCUGCUUAUUCUGAAUUUGACGC